AUGUCCUCGGCGCCGUCGGUGCUGUAUCCGCUGACGCUGCCUGCGCUGCUGGACUACAUCCUCACCACGCAGUCUGGCACUGCACCCACGACUCUGAUCAUCUGCUCGAGUCGCGACACUUUCCUACACGACCUUGUGCAUUUACUACAGCAAGGUGAUGACGAAGAUCAGAGCCAGGUUCAGCAAGGGAGUCUGCAGCAAUUGGUCACGCCUACGCUCCAUAAUCUGUUGACAGCUCGGCAUGUCAAGCUUGCCUUCUGUGGGUCUGUGCAAGCUCUGCUGGCCUUCUUGACAGCAUAUGGCCGGCCUGACACUGAACAUCUUGUUGACGUCGAGGAGGGCGCGAGACUGCUGCUGGUGAAUCCACUUGCGUUGCAUGCAUCAACGCCGUCAUUCUCAGCCCAGGGACUAUCACGAACAUUUGCAGCAGCCACGGAGACAGCGCUCAGGACACGCGUUGUGCUCCAGGUCGUCGAGUGUCAGGGAAUGCGCAGAAGUGUGGAAGAAGACUCUGACCAGGACACGGACAUGGCAAACGGGGACGAGCAGCCCAACAUCGCCGAAGAAGAUCCUUGGGAGCAGGAACUGUCGAUCCUGAAUGUCUCGGCACGCAGGUUCGGCUCGGGCACUGCCGACAGGGCGUGGGCUGGGCGAACCGUCAAGGCGAAGAGAGUCGCCGGACGCUGGUUCCACUUCCACAAGCUCGACAGUCACCACGUACGCGAAGCCCCAGGAUGA